AUGAUGCCUACACAUAAGCUGAACAAGGAAAACAGUAACAGAGAUGCCAAAUUGAACAUGAAAGUGCCUAUGAGGUCACCUACAACCUUAAACAAUGAACCACAGGUAAUAAGCCGCAUCCAAGUGAGACUGGGAGAGCACAACAUCAAUGUCCUGGAGGGCAAUGAGCAGUUUGUCAAUGCUGCCAAGAUCAUCAAGCACCCCAACUUCAAUGGGAGGACCCUGAACAACGACAUCAUGCUGAUCAAACUUGCUUCCCCUGUGACUCUCAGUGCCAGAGUUGCCACUGUGGCUCUGCCCANCUCCUGUGCAGCUGCAGGCACUCAGUGUCUCAUCUCUGGCUGGGGCAACACCUUGAGCUCNGGCGUGAACAACCCAGACCUGCUCCAGUGCCUGAAUGCCCCAGUGCUGCCUCAGGCUGACUGUGANGCCUCCUAUCCUGGAAAGAUCACCAAUAACAUGAUCUGNGUUGGCUUCCUGGAGGGAGGCAAAGAUUCCUGCCAGGGUGACUCUGGUGGCCCUGUGGUCUGCAAUGGACAGCUCCAGGGCAUUGUCUCCUGGGGCUAUGGCUGUGCCCUGAAGGACAAUCCUGGUGUGUACACCAAGGUCUGCAACUAUUUAAAGUAUAUACACCAAAGUAUAGAUACAUAUCCAGGAUUUCAAUGA